GGAAGUUGCCGCGGGGGCCGCUGGUAGCCGUAGUCGCGGGGUGGGGGUGCCUCGCUUUCCCAGCGUGCCCCGCGGCGGACAUGGCGGCGGCGCGGCGCUGAGGCCUAGGCCCGGUGCUGCGGGAGGCGGCGAUGGCCGGGGAGCUGGCGGACAAGAAGGACCGCGACGCGUCCCCCGUGAAGGAGGAGAGGAAACGCUCCCGUUCUCCGGACCGCGACCGGGACCGCGACCGGGACCGUAAGGGGUCCCCAAGCAAGGACAGGAAGCGGCACCGCUCCCGGGACAGGAGGAGGGGCAGCCGGUCCCGCUCCCGCUCCCGUUCCAAGUCCUUGGACAGGGAGCGGCGGCACAAAGAGCGCGAGCGGGACCGGGGGAAGAAGGACCGGGAGAGGGAGAAGGAGAAGGAAAAGGAUGGGCACCGGAGGGACAAGGACAGGAAGCGAUCCAGCUUGUCCCCAAGCAGGGGUAAGGACUCCAAGUCCCGCAAGGAGAGGGACUCGCGGAAGGUGGAGGAGGAAGAGGAGAAUGCGCUGAAAAAGGAGAAGGCACAGCCCCUGUCCUUGGAGGAGCUGCUGGCAAAGAAGAAGGCCGAGGAGGAGGCGGAAGCAAAGCCCAAGUUCCUCUCCAAGGCUGAGCGGGAGGCCGAGGCGCUGCGGCGGCGGCAGCAGGAGGUGGAGGAGCGGCAGCGGCUGCUGGAGGAGGAGAGGAAGAAGAGGAAGCAGUUCCAGGAGAUGGGGAGGAAGAUGCUAGAAGACCCCCAGGAGCGUGAGCGCAGGGAGCGCCGGGAGCGCAUGGAGAGGGAAACCAACGGCACUGAGGACGAGGAGGGCAGGCAGAAGAUUCGAGAGGAGAAAGAUAAGAGCAAAGAGCUCCAUGCCAUCAAGGAGCGCUACCUGGGAGGGGUGAAGAAGCGGAGGCGCACGCGGCACCUCAACGACCGCAAGUUUGUCUUUGAGUGGGACGCAUCAGAGGACACUUCCAUCGACUACAACCCUCUGUACAAAGAGAGGCACCAGGUGCAGCUGUUGGGACGGGGCUUCAUCGCAGGGAUCGACCUGAAACAGCAGAAACGGGAGCAGUCACGGUUCUAUGGGGACCUGAUGGAAAAGAGGAGGACGUUGGAGGAGAAGGAGCAGGAGGAGGCCCGACUGCGGAAGCUGCGGAAGAAGGAGGCCAAGCAGCGCUGGGACGACCGGCAUUGGUCGCAGAAGAAGCUGGAUGAAAUGACAGACAGAGACUGGCGCAUUUUCCGUGAGGAUUACAGCAUCACCACCAAAGGGGGCAAAAUCCCCAACCCCAUCCGCUCCUGGAAGGAUUCGUCCCUGCCGCCCCACAUCCUGGAGGUCAUCGAUAAGUGUGGCUACAAGGAACCCACUCCCAUCCAGCGGCAGGCCAUCCCCAUCGGCCUGCAGAACCGAGACAUCAUCGGCGUGGCUGAGACCGGCAGUGGUAAAACAGCAGCAUUCCUCAUCCCACUGCUGGUGUGGAUCACCACCCUGCCCAAAAUCGACCGCAUCGAGGAGUCGGACCAGGGCCCCUACGCCAUCAUCCUUGCUCCCACCCGAGAGCUGGCCCAGCAGAUCGAGGAGGAAACCAUCAAGUUUGGGAAGCCUCUGGGCAUCCGCACGGUGGCUGUGAUUGGAGGAAUCUCCCGUGAGGACCAAGGCUUCCGCCUGCGGAUGGGCUGCGAGAUUGUCAUUGCCACUCCUGGGCGGCUCAUCGACGUGCUGGAGAACCGCUACCUGGUGCUGAGCCGCUGCACCUACGUGGUGCUGGACGAGGCGGAUCGCAUGAUCGAUAUGGGCUUCGAGCCUGAUGUGCAGAAGAUCCUGGAGCACAUGCCUGUCACCAACCAAAAACCCGACACUGAUGAGGCCGAGGACCCUGAGAAGAUGUUGGCCAACUUUGAGUCGGGGAAGCACAAGUACAGACAGACUGUGAUGUUCACAGCCACCAUGCCGCCGGCGGUGGAGCGCCUGGCACGCAGCUACCUGCGCCGGCCGGCCGUGGUCUACAUUGGCUCUGCUGGCAAACCACACGAGAGGGUGGAGCAGAAGGUCUUCCUCAUGUCAGAGUCGGAGAAGAGGAAGAAGCUGUUGGCCAUUCUGGAGCAGGGCUUCGAUCCACCCAUCAUCAUCUUCGUCAACCAGAAGAAGGGCUGCGACGUGCUGGCCAAGUCACUGGAGAAGAUGGGGUACAACGCCUGCACCCUCCACGGCGGCAAAGGCCAGGAGCAGCGAGAGUUCGCCCUCUCCAACCUGAAGGCCGGGGCCAAGGACAUCCUGGUGGCCACCGACGUGGCCGGCCGCGGCAUCGACAUCCACGACGUCUCCAUGGUGGUCAACUACGACAUGGCCAAAAACAUCGAGGAUUACAUCCACCGCAUCGGGCGGACGGGCCGAGCCGGGAAGAGCGGCGUUGCCAUCACCUUCCUCACCAAGGAGGAUUCCACGGUGUUCUACGACCUGAAGCAGGCCAUCCUGGAGAGCCCGGUCUCAUCCUGCCCCCCCGAAUUGGCCAACCACCCCGACGCCCAGCACAAACCCGGCACCAUCCUCACCAAGAAACGUCGCGAGGAAACCAUCUUCGCGUGAGUCCCCGGGAUUGGGGUCCAAUUUCUGACCCCCCCUUCUGGGGACAGCAGGACCACCGGGUGCUGCCGGGACUCUGCUGGCCGCCCUCGUCCCUGUGCUGCAGCCAGGACUGCCACCAGCACGCACUGGGGUCGGGGCUGCCCAAAAACGUCCCCUCUGUGCACCCAAUCCCCCUCCCUGCAUCACCCGAGGACUCGUGGAGGCUCUUUGGGGUCGGGUUCCCCUUUGCCCCGCUGUUGGUGGGGCCGGGUUGGGGUCCACGUGCUGGUUUGUGGUUGGGGCCGCGUUCACCUCAUCCCUUUUUUAGCCCAGGCUGCAAUAAAGCAGCAGCAGCAGCGUUGCCAGAUGCCGUUUCUCCACGUUUCCGUGGGGCUGCAGUGCUUUGUGCCCAUCCACCAGGAAUAUUUGGGUUCGACACCCCCCCCCC